ACUGGUGUUUGCAGGUGGCUUCCCUACUUUGGCUAGCUUAGUUGGAUGGCUAAUGGAGCAAGCUGAUUUACGAAUGCUUCAAAGUGUCUGUUGUGAAUCCCCUUUUUAAAAAUCCGUGACUGAGUUAUCCCAACCGUCUGUGUAUAUAUAACUCGCUUCUGAUUGUCUGUUUCUGAACAGCCCCUCUUGUGAUUCUAUUUGUUCUCUGAAGUUAAUCUGACAUGGCGGAGCUUGGGUUCAAUGACCAUCAUCAGAAUGAAGUGAUCAAUUACAUGCGUUUUGCAAGGUCCAAGAGGGUUCUGAGGUUGAAGACAAUUGAUUCCUGCUUCGAAGACCUCAAAGAAAGCAGGCUGGUGGAGGAGACGUUCACUGCGGAUGAGGUGUCAGACAUGCUGGAGGGCCUGCAGGCGGUGGUGCGUGGGGAGGUGGAGAUGGAGCUCAUCAAUACAUCUCACACCAAUGUGCUGCUCCUGAGGCAGUUGUUCUCGCAGGCCGAGAAGUACUACCUGAAGCUGCAGACAGAUGUGUCGGAACUGGAGAACAGAGAGCUCUUGGAGCAAGUGGCCGAGUUUGAGAAGACAGAGGUUACAACAACGAACAAGAAGGUGAACGUCUUUCCAUGUACAGUAGAAGUAACAUCUUCUUAAAUAAAAUCUUAAAUU